AUGGAGCAGGUCCCACCUCCACCUCCAGAGCUUCCUGAGGAGACUGAACCUCCAGUGCAGCAGGAAGCCCCAACACAGCUACCAAGGCCUCCCCAGGAGUUUGUACCUUCCCCAGUCCAACAGGAGGCACCAGUGGUCUCUGAGGAAGGGGAACCUUCGACAAUCCAGCAGGAAGCCCCAGCACAGCCUCCAAAGCCUCUAGAGGAGGGUGAACCUUCCCCAGUCCAGCAGGAGGUGCCAGCUCUGUCUCCAGUGGUCUCUGAGGAGGGGGAACCUUUGACAGUCCAGCAGGAAGCCCCACCGCAGCCUCCCUAGGAGGUUAAGCCUUCUCCAACUCAGCAGGAGGCCACAGGAUCACCUCCAGAGCCCCUGGAGGAGGACCAGAUCCCAGCUCCACCUGCAGAUCCUCCUCAGGAGGGCAAACCUUCUUCAGUCCAGCUGGAUGACCCUGUUCAACCUCCAGGUCCCCCUGAUGAUUCCCAACCUUCUCUAGUUGAACAGGAUGACCCACCACAGCCUACAGAGCCCAAUAAGGAGGAAGAAAUUUCUCUAACCCAGCAGCAUGACCCAGUGCAGCCUGCAGAGCUCCUUGAGGAGACUGAACAUUCAGCAGUUCAACUGGAUGACCCAACAUCUAUUAAGGAGGAUGAACCUUCUACAACUCAGCAAGGGAAUCCACCUGCACCUCCAGAGCACCCUGUGUCGGUUGAAUCUUCCCGACUCCUGCAAGAGGGCGUAGAUCAACACCCACAUCCCACUGCAGAGGCGGUAGUUCAGCCAGCAGGGCAUCAUGAAGUGACUAUUUCACCUCUAGGCCAAGGUGAAGCUCAAUAUCCAACAUUGCCCAAUGUCACAGUUAAACCUCUGGAUCUGGAGCUUACCAUAACUUCAGAGCCUACUACACUGGUUCAACCUUCUCCAGUCCAGCAGCAGGCCACAACUCAAUUUUCAGAGCCUCUCUAUGGGGUUGAACCUUUUCCAAGCCAGCUAAUGGCCCCAACACAAACUCCAGAGCAUCCUACAGAGGAUGAACCUUCUCCAGAACAGCAAGAGGCACUAUUGCAGCCUCCAGAAUCCAAUGAAGAGGCUGAACCAUCUCCAGCCCUGCAGGAGGGCCUCACUCAGCCUCUGGAGGCAGCAGACAGCCCCAGCCCAGCUCCAGAGCAACUUGAGGAGUAUGAACCUCCUUCAUCCACGGAAGAGACCCCACCCAAGACUUCAAAGGCCUCAACGGAGGUUGUAACGCAGCAUCCAGGGCAUCAUGAGGUCAUCGUAUCACCUCCAGGUCAGAAUGAAGCUCAGCAUCCAACAUCGCCUAAUGUCACAGUGAAACCUCUGGAUCUGGAACUUAGUAUAACAUCGCAAUCCCCUACAGAGAUUGGACCUUUUCCAACCCAGAUAGAGACCUCAUGCCAUCCUCCAGAACCCCCUGAAAAGACUGAACCUCCUCCAGUCCAGCAGGAAGGGCCAGUUCCAUCUCUAGAGCCCUUUGAGGAGGUAGAACCUUCUUCAGCCCAGCAGGUGCCCCCACUUCAGUCUCCAGGGCCCUCUGAGGAGGUUGAGCCUUCUCCAGCCCAGGAGACCUCAGGCCAGUCUCCUGUGGCUCCUAUGCAGGUCCUAUCUUCAACUGAGCAAGAUGUCCUAUCUGAGUCUCCAGAGCCCCCUGAGGAGAGCCUACAUUCAACCCAGCAAGAUGUCCUGUCUCAGCCUCCAGGGCCCCCUGUGGAGGUCCUACCUUCAACUGAGCAAGGUGUCCUAUGUCGAGGUGAAGCUCGAUAUCCAACAUUGCCCAAUGUCACAGUUUAACCUCUGGAUCUGGAGCUUAUCAUAACUUCAGAGCUCACUACACUGGUUCAACUUUCUCCAGUCCAGCAGCAGGCCACAACUCAAUUUUCAGAGCCUCUUGAUGAGAUUGAACCUUUUCCAAGCCAGCUGGUGGCCCCAACUCAAACUCCAGAGCAUCCUAUAGAGGAUGAACCUUCUCCAGAACAAAAUUUGCAAGGAAACUCUAUUUCUUAUAUUGAUGAAAAUACUUGGGAGCCAUACCGUUUUGUUGAGAAACUGCAGCCACUUAGGCUGGGAGAUAUGUAUAAACCUCUCAGCGCCACCCGCAAGAAAAACAUGGCACAGAAGCUACAUGGCAAGGAUUCUUCUGACGAAGAUGAGAUUUUCAACAGGCUUGAUCCCUUGAGCCUGGACACUGGAGUAUCGGAGCCAAAGGCCACAAAUACAAUAUAA